GUGAGUCCCUGCUGAUCGGAUCACUACUUGGAUCAUCGUCACCAUGAUCGGCAGGACACCCGUCGCCUUGGUGCUGCUUUGCGCCUCCUUGGCUUUCUCUCAAUCCGACAAUCCCCCCUACGAUGGCUACGGCACCUGUGUCAUGACGGGCCGUGUUCCCGAGGAGCCGCGCUCCUUGAGCUUCUGCUACAAGUUUAACGAAAAUGCUUGCUGUGUGCCCGGUGGUGAUGCUGAAAAUGCCGAGCUCUUCACAACUCUGACAGAUCUGGGCCUUGCGUGCCGUGUGCGGGGUGACGUCCGCGAGCACCCCUUUGCGCAGCUCUACUGUCUCAACUGCGACCCCAAGCAGCCCUAUUAUGUUCGCAACCUGGAAUACACCAACUCGGCCGAUGGCUCAGCUACCGAUGGUCGCGGCCAGACCCUGCUGGUGUGCAAUGAGUGGGCGGAGAGCAAGAUUGGUGAUGGCACCCGAUUCGAUGAGUGCGGUCUCUUGAAGAGUUCGCCUUGCAUCGAUGGCGAUGGCAACGCUAUUGGCGAUCGCGACCCCUACGUGUGCGGUGAUGAUAUCAUUAUCCCCACUCGUGAUUAUUACGAUGACUCGCGCUCCCUUGUCGAGAACAUUGAGGCCUUCCUCAACGCCGAUGAGCUGGGCACCCCGAACAUGGCGGGCGAUUAUGGUUACUAUGUGGUGAACAAUGCCCCCUGCACUGAUGCCGAGUUUGAGGCGAAUCCCAACCCACGCUGCCUGAUGACGGUCGACCAACUCAACCGAUACGACACCGUCCACGGCGUGAGCAUUAAGGACGCCACCGGUGGUUCUUACACUUCAGAUGAAAUGUGCUUCAACGCCGCCACAACGGCCACGCUGGUGCCUUUCUUGGCUCUUGUGCCUGCGCUAUUGGCGUUCCUCGUGCUCUGAGACAAAGCCACAAAAUACAACAUGGUCGGCCAUCCCGUCGGUCAAGACGCCAUCUCAGUCUUUCCUCACGCCGCGCGGAAGGAGAGGGUCGGCAGAGGACGACAUCAUGCUGCUGCUCUCCUCUCUGGCUUUGAUCCACCAUUCUGUUCAUGUUCGUUUCUUCGGCGAGCCGACCUUUUUUUCAUUUUCACUUUUUGCUCUUACUUGUUUUUGGCGUCAUCGUCGUGGACGCCGUUCUUCGAGAGCACAAUCAGGGCGUGUGUGCGGCUCUCGUUCGUGUCAAACUUGUCCUGACACGAUUCAAAUCUAAUUGCCAGCCUG